AAGCAUCUCAAAAGGGUCUGUGUUAUCCAGGUGCUGUACCCAUCCUUUGACAGUCAGGCUUGUGUCAGGUGCUCCUUCCUAUAGCUGUUUGAAAACUAAGGCACCCCAAAUGGCCAGUCCUCUAUGAAGGUGGGCUAAUCUCACUGCACUGUGUUUUCUUUCUAGUAUGAACGAGGAACCUGGGAGCCCCCAGAAUCAGAAACUUAGCAAGCAGCACGUCCAACUGGGGCAGAAGCAGAAAAAGAAGCGCCAGGAGCCCCUGGCAGAAGCCAAGCCGAAGAAACCCAAAGCAAAGAAGUCCGGGGAUCAGAGUCCUGUGAAGGAGCCCAGCGCCCCUGCCCAGAGUGUCAAAAAACUGAAAAAGAAGAAGGAAGAGAAGCCAGAGGAGGGGGGUGAGAAGGAUCUGUACUCUAAAUUCAUCAAGGACCCCAGGAAGAAGAAGGAAAGUCCUUUGGCCAACUUUAGCACAUCCAAAACUUCCAAAAAGAAGCAGGAGGACUCUGAGGAGGACGAGGAGGACGAGGAGGCUGAGAAUGAAGACCCACCAAAAAAGUCGAAAAAGAAGCCCCCCAAACCCUCCAAAGAAGCUUCUGCUGGAGAAAGCAAGGAGAAAAAAGCCAAGCUUAAAGGAGACAAGAGUGAGCCGGAUGCCAAGAGCAAAACUGCAAAGACCACAAAGAAGGAGCCAACUUCCAUGUUCCAAGUCAGCGGGGACAAGAAGGAGAAAAAAAGCAAGAAGAAAGCUCCAGCUGACAGCGAUGCCGAAGAUGACUCUGAUGCCAGCACCAAGCCAAUCAAAUCUGACAAGAAAAAGAACACAGCAUCCAUGUUCCAGGCUGGAGGCGACGGCUCCAAGGAGAAGAAAACCAAGAAGAAAGCUCCUCCCAAAGGUGCCAAGGAGGAAAGCGAGGAGGAGGCCCCCGAAACUACCCAGAAGAACUCCAAUAAGAAAGGGAAAGGGAAGAAGUCCAAGAAGAAGGAAGAGAGACCUCCUUCCCCUGUCAUCGAAGUGGACAACCUGGAGGAGUUCGUGUUGCAGCCGGCCCCUCAGGGGGUGACCAUCAAGUGCCGGGUGACGCGAGACAAGAAGGGAAUGGACCGGGGCCUCUACCCAACCUAUUACGUCCACCUGGACAAUGAGAAGAAGGUGUUCCUGCUGGCUGGCCGGAAGCGGAAAAAGAGCAAGACCUCGAACUACCUGAUUUCCAUUGACCCCACAGAUCUGUCACGCGGUGGGGAGAACUUCAUUGGGAAGCUGAGAUCAAAUUUAAUGGGGACCAAGUUUACAGUGUUUGAUAAUGGCGCAAAUCCCGACAGAGCAAAUGCUGAUUGGUCGAAUGUGCGGCAGGAGAUGGCAGCUGUUAUUUAUGAGACGAAUGUUUUAGGGUUCAAAGGACCCCGAAAGAUGACGGUGAUCAUCCCUGGAAUGAAUUCGGACAAUGAAAGAGUGCCCAUCCGGCCUCGAAAUGAUAACGACGGGCUGCUUAUGAGAUGGCAGAACAAGAACAUGGACAACCUGAUUGAGCUGCACAACAAGGCCCCUGUGUGGAAUGAUGAGACCCAGUCUUAUGUGCUGAACUUCCACGGCAGGGUCACACAUGCCUCUGUCAAGAACUUCCAGAUCGUGCACAGCAACGACCUUGACUACAUCGUGAUGCAGUUUGGCCGUGUGGCCGAUGAUGCUUUCACCAUGGACUACAACUACCCGAUGUGUGCUGUGCAGGCUUUUGCUAUUGCCCUGUCCAGCUUUGAUGGGAAGCUGGCCUGUGAAUAGCAAACUGCUGACCCCUUCAGACUUUUGCUGGACUGAGUCUAAGCCAGUGAGAGAAGCAGCACUGCCAUCUGGACUCACUGAGCUAGGGAGGAGUUUGCCUGCCAGAAGGGGAUUUCUGCUGACAGUCGAGACCCUUUAUUUCCACGUGGAUGUGAGUAACAGCAGGGCUGUUGUUACCAUCACAUGGGUACAGCCAGAGAUUGCUGAUGGAGACCUUGCAUUAACUGCAAAUACAUAUCCACUGAUUAGGGGUUAGCAGGUCAGAUUUUAUACAGUCACCUUUCCCUCCUCCUCAGCUUCUGCCCUUACAAAAGAGAUGACCCCAAGCAUUGCAGUGAUGCUGUUUUAAGCUCUCGUGGGUUGAAUCAUUGCUGCAGAAUACCACAGUACAUUUUAUACUCCAUCUUCUGUUUCUAAGUUCAGAACUGUCUGCUUGUUCCAGUCCAUAAAGCAGAGUCUUUAAACUAGCCGAUGAGAUGGACUGUUCCCUUCAUCUCAACCCUUUGAGACAUUUCUCGGAAGCACUUUCGGUCUUUUUAGAUUCCAUUUUGUAUUUUGUAGUACACCAUUUAAAUUAAAAGAGUGGUUUGUCCUUCUAUGUUGACAAAUAAAGGAUCAGCUGUGGGCACAA